AAAGCGCGGAGGCAGUUGCCAGUGGGAAGGAAAAGAAGGAGAAGCCGCGGAAGCGGAAGUGAGGGGUUAGGUUGGAUUGGUGCGGGCGGUGUGUUGGUGAUGUGUAUGUAUAGUGGGUUAUGAAAUAUGCCGUCCUACUUUCUAUAGAUGCUGAUUGCGGAGAGUUACGAUGAGCUCUCUUUUGGACGUCCUUGCUUUCAUGGGUAGCGUGUAUGUUCUCGUUGGGUGUCCUGUUUCUCCAUGGAUCUUUCUUUUCGUCGUCGAUUAUUAUUGCCUUCGGGAUUGUACUGGGUCGAACUUGGCUCUGCUGGUGAGUUGGUUGCAGUAUCACUACUAUUUAUCAUGCGACCUCUCUCCAUCAUGUCCCAUCUUUGUCAACAUCCUACACAAUCUGCAGUGCUUCCUCAGACACCACCUCAAUCACCUUCAGACAGCUCAUCUAACACCCGCAUAUCUUACCUACAUACCUAUCCACCAUCACGGCUCAUCCCUUUCAUCCUAGCCACCACGCUUGUACCAGGAAAGCCAUUCGGCGCAUUCGAUGAUCAAAUUGUCUUCGGACGGUAUAGUGAAGAGGACCUGGUCCCUCGAGCAGUUUUCGGGGGAGAUGGAACCGGCACUUCGGGCAUAAACUGCUUCGAAAGCACAGUCGCGUACCGACAGACUGCAACUAAUGCCCUCUCUCUUGGAACCAUUAGUACUGGGACAACCAGCAAUCUCGACAGCCCCGAUCAUGGUUGGCACCGCAUCGGCACAGAUUUCCCGAACUCCUUAACAACCGCUGGCACGCAAGGCCACGGUCCCUGGUCCUCACUUAAGUCCUUUGCCCAGUCGCCCAUCUCCAAAGACCAAGGCGAAUGGACCUGGAUCCCCCUGGUCUCCAGCAGCUGGCGAGCGGGAAAUGAGACCACGAGAACGAAACCAUGCGCCGAUACCCACCUCCAUUCUGCUACCUCCAUUCCACGCACGACACCGACUGCCGCAGACCCUCCUAGCGCAGACGUAGUCCACACAACGCCUCUCCGGGGGCAGACUCCAACAUAUACGCUGACGACCGACUGGACACAGCCCAGGAUGGCGUUGCGAACGCCCUAUUCAAGCUACGCGCCGAGGUCGCGGUCGAGAUCAAGAUCAGGUUCGCUGGAAAUGAAGUUGGUCGCAAGCUUGCCGCUGUUGAUGUACCUGUUGUUAUUUGGGCUGUGAUCCCCAGGGCACAUUGGCGGAGUCGAUGAAUGAGGAGGUUUGGCAGAGAUGGAUGAGAUGAAGUCGUGCGACCUUUUGGAAACUCUU